CGCGGCGGGCGGCAGACGGCGCGGCGGGGGGCCGCGGGCGCACGCGGGUGCGGCACUGCGGCGGCGGCAUUGCACUGAGGGCGGGGUGGCGCCCGCGCGCGGAGUCGAACGGAGUCGACGUUGGGGCGUUGCAGUGCGGCGCGCGCGGCCAUGGCGCAGCAGCUGACGACGGCGGCCGGGCCGCGCCUGGUGGCCCUGGCCGAGGUGCAGCGCUUCGUGCGCGAGUGCGUGGCCAAGGCCGGCGCGCCCGAUGCCCACGCCCGCGCCAUGGCCUCCGUGUUGGCCGAGGCCGACCGCCGCGGACACUUCAGCCACGGCCUCAACCGACUCGAUAUGUACGUGAAUGACCUGCAGAGCGGCUUGUGCGACGGCGCCGUGACGCCACGCGUGCUGCGCGAGACCCCGGCCACCGCCUGGGUGGACGGCUGCAACGGCCUGGGGCCCGUCGUCGGCACCUUCUGCAUGGAGCUGGCCAUCCGCAAGGCGCGCGAGACGGGCGUCGGAUGGGUCGCCGCCAAGGGAAGCAAUCAUUUUGGCAUUGCUGCAUGGUACAGCAUGAUGGCCUUGAAGGAAAACAUGAUCGGUAUGUCGUUCACCAACACUUCACCAUUUCUAAGCCCGACACGGUCAAAACAGGCGGCGCUGGGCACCAACCCGCUGUCGCUGGCGGCGCCGGCGGAGGGCGGCGACUCGUACGUGCUGGACAUGGCCACGACGGCCGUUGCGGUGGGCAAGAUCGAGGUGCAGCGGCGGCGCGGGGAGCCCAUCCCCGCGGGGUGGGCGCAGGACGCGAGCGGCGCCGCCACCACCGACCCGCACGAGGCCAUGAACGUGGGCUGCCUCAUGCCGCUGGGCGGCGCCGAGAGCACCUCGGGCUACAAGGGCUACGGGCUGGCGCUCAUGGUCGAGCUCCUGUGCGGCGUGCUCGCAGGGGCGACGUACGGGCCGGACGUGCGCAAGUGGAUGGGUGGCGAGGACCGGCCGGCUGACCUGGGCCAGUGCUUCGUGGCGGUCGACCCGCAGUGCUUCGCCCCCGGCUUCGAAGGCCGCCUGCAGGACCUCCUGAGCAAGCUGCGCGCUAUGGAGCCCGCGGACCCGGCGGCGCCGGUGCUGGUGGCCGGCGACCCGGAACGCGCGCACGAGGCCAAGGUGGAGCGGGAGGGCGGCGUCAGCUACCACCCCUCGCAGAUCAUCGCCUGCGAGGAAUUGGCGAAGAGUCUGGGUGUGCAGCCGAUGGACGGUCGUUGAGCGCAUCCCAGCGCAGCGCAGCGGCGGGAGCGAGAACUGUUUGAGACAUCUCAGAGACGACGUAGCACUCCAUUGGCGCGGCAUUGUGUAUACAUUUCUUUUUAUAAAUAUGCUUGAAAUAAAUUAAACUUCUUGAAUGACUUUUAAAGUGAAUUAUGAUUUUAAUUCUUUGUAUAAAACUGACUUGCUAAUGUUCCGUUCUCUACUACUUUCAAAGUAAAAGGAGAUGUAAAGAGAUAAGUGACAACCCUAAAUAAAGAUGAAUACUUUCAUGAAGUGGAUUUAUUCAUUGAAUGGAUAAGUUGGAGAGAUGUAAUCAUACAUACA